AUGCUCUGCGCAAAAUGUAUCAGCAUAUUCCUUCACCGUUCCCGAGAGGCCUCCGACCUGACACAUCGACGUACAUACGUUCACCAUAAAUGGCGCGAGGAGGUGGAAAGCGCUGCCAAAAAUGGGUGCCGUAUCUGCUUCACAGCAAUCACCAAAUUCAAGUCUUUCGGAAAUUGGACCUCGAUUUAUGUUCAGCAUCCUCUUUAUGGCUUGGUCCUGCGGCUCCACUGCUGGGAGGGUGAAGACGAUACCAUACAUCCUCGAGGUAAACUUGAAGUACAUCUAUUGAGACUCGUGGAUCUUGAAUCACCUCCACACUACCUUCAGUAUGCAGAGCAGGUGGCUCAGGACAUCACGAACGGGUUUUCGUCAACAGUCCGAGAGGACAGGUUCUCCCGGAGGACCAUUCCCACUAGUACUGGUCACAACGAGAAUGUUGCUCUUGCUCGGGCCUGGCUGGACCGAUGCCUUAAGAGUCACGCCAUCUGUGGCCAGACGGAUGACUCUGCUGCAGAUAUCCAUUGGCAACCAAAACGGCUCGUUGACGUUCAUGCUCCUGACGGUCGGCUUAAAGUGGUAGAGCGAGACAAACAAACCGUUUCCGAACCGUAUGUUGCCGUGAGCCACUGCUGGGGCAAGGAAGAAUUCUUUACCCUGAACGCCAAAACACAUGACGCAGCUGUCAAUGCCCAAAUACUGCUGGAGGAGUUGCCUCGGAGUUUCCGCGACGUGAUCGACUUCUGUCGGAGGCUCGGCAUCCCGUACAUAUGGAUAGACAGCUUAUGCAUUCUGCAAUCGGGCGCCCGUUCGGAGGAUGACUGGUUGGACCACACCAAAGAGAUGCGGCUCAUCUACUCUAGAUGUCUUCUCAACAUCUCCGUCAACUGCGCCGCGAGUCCAUACGAGGGCGCGUUUCGAGACCGCAAUCCCACAUGUCUGAGCGAGGCUUAUGUGCCAUCUAGACCGCCCGGGUGCGAGGAUCUGGAGGUGACUAAUUACGAAUGGUAUCUCGUCACCUUCGAAGAGGACUAUUCCUCAGCACUGCGGAAGGGACCACUCGCGACACGAGGCUGGGUUUUGCAAGAGCGCUACCUGUCUCCUCGAAUCCUAUACUUUGCACAGGACCGUAUGUACUGGGAGUGCAGCGGGUGGAGGACGAAUGAAUGCUGUCCUUUGAACUUCAUGGAGAAUCUCGAGCCUACAGGGGUCACACGCACCGCGAACGAUGGCCGUGACAAUCCGUCUGUCUUCUCCAUACGUUCUACAACAUUCACGCUUUCACACAGUCGUUUCCGAAACAAACCUUCGAGCCCCGAGUAUCUAUUGAAAAUCUCAUUAGAAUGGUUCAGUAUUGUAUCCUACUAUUCCGAAUGCCACCUCACCUAUCCUGACAAGGACAAAGCAAUGGCCCUGGAAGGGAUCGCACAGAAGCUAGGCAUGCUGGCCCCGAAGAGCUUUUACGCCGCGGGUCUCUUCUCACACGACCUACCGCUUGGUCUAUUAUGGCAUCUGCCUCAAGACAAAGGGAGCAACAAAAAUGGACCACCAGCGGUCUCAAAUUCACGGGCGCCGAGCUGGAGCUGGCUGAAUGCCAACUCACCUAUCCAAUUCGCAAUAAUGUCCAUGCCGGGACAGGAGUCUUCGCAAGUCUGCACUGACCAUUAUCUUGAGGACAUACACGUCAUUCCGCAGUCACAUGCGCUUCAAUUACGAGGCUGGUUGCUCCCUACGAGCACUAUCGAGGCUGUCUAUACCAGCACAAACUCCUUGCAAAGCCUUGUGUACUAUUUCGAUGUUGGGCGUAUUGAGUGCAAGCAAAAUGGAAGCUGGUGGAUGUUGCCUGUGGGAAAAUACUCGAACCUGUUCGGGGAAAUACAGGGCGGAUUGAUACUGCACAAGACGGAGGUAAACGGGCAAUAUAUUCGGGCAGGAAUGUAUCGAUACAUUUCCUAUGCGCGCCCAAUAGACUCGAGAGUUACGGAGGAACUCAGGAAGCACGAGAAGGUGGACUUGAUGAUAGUCUGA